ACAUAGCCUAAGAGUUUCAACUUUCAUUUUCACGCUGAAACUCCUCUCUCUUCUCUUUCUCCUCUCUCACCCAUAAACGAACGGCCGACGCAUGCUGCCUGAGCCAGACGCUGGUGGCCGCCCUUAUAGUCUUCUUCGGCAGUUCGGCUUCGCGAAUAACUCAGUUCGGCCAGUCGGCCAGACCGCCAGAAUUUGGGGAUACCCGAACAGUCGAACGAAUUUCGAAGCUUGGAACUCAUUUGAGGAGAAUUAUAAUGGGGAUCAGCAAAACUGAGAUAAAUCUGAGAAGGUUAAUUGCUGCGGCUCCUCGACAGCAAAAUCAGGCAAAACUAAUUCAUUAUGUUGCUACGCUUCGCGAAUUGUUGGAACAGCUAACUGAAGAAACAACUCCAGAAGGCUUGCCCAGGGUCUCAAAAGCUAAAGUGAAUGAUUACUCUGAGAAGAUUGAAUCUAUUGCAUGCAAAUUAGUUUCAACAGAGGAAAUCUUUGUAGAAACUUCCACUGAGGCAAGCCCUCAAAGAAUUGAAGAAGUAAAAGUUGCAUCCCCGCCAGGACUUAGAAAGAGACCAGUGCCAUCCUCAUAUGUUGAAGACAGAUCACGUGAUAGUGUUGGAACUAAUUCAUCACCACUUGUCCAAUUAGAUGAUGCUGCUCAUUCGCAUAUUGACAAGCACAGAAAGCUUCAAGAAGACUUGACAGAUGAGAUGGUGGGAAUGGCAAAGCAACUAAAACAUAGCAGUCUCCUCAUGAGUCAGUCACUACAAAAUGCUGAGAAGGCGCCAAGCGACAGUGAGUGCUCCACUGCUGUUGUGUUCUGAGAUGGCAGCAGUGAAGAGGCAAGGCAAGUCGAGCAAGAGAAAGGGGCUUUUGGAGAGGGGAGGAGAUAAGAUUUUUCAAUCAAAAUUAAAAAGGCUAGCCCAAUUAGAGAGACACUUAUCACAUUUUACUUAUUAUCCUGGAUACCCGGUUACUAACAAGUAACAACUAUAACAGGUCAAAGGACCAUUUUGAGAAGAUAACUCCUAAAGGUGGGAUUAUUUUUUCGUUAAUCAAAAGGUGGGACUUUUUUCAGUGGACCGCCUAAAGAUCGGAUUAUUAAAAUCAAUUUUUCCUAAUCUAUUUGUUAAUUGAGUUUAGAAGUCCUUUGUGCAGGAAACUAUGUUUUGCUUGCUUUUGCAGAAUAUUACUCUGCUUCCAGCCUUUUCCUUCUACGCAAACAAAACCAUACUCUUAAUGCUAUGCUUUUGCUUCCAGCAUUAUUGUGGGGCUCCUUUAAUACUUUUGUUUUUUGAGGUUAAAUUAUGCUGUUUGAUCAUGGUUUUGUUGG